AUGACAUUUACUAGUGACGACGUCAAUUUCAUCAUCUACAGAUAUCUACAUGAGUCGGGUUUUGUGCAUACGGCUUACACAUUUGCCAAUGAAUCACGUGUUCUCGAGUCUGGAGCUGCGGGUAACGAUGUGCCCAUGGGUGCUUUAAUUAACAUCAUACAGAAGGGUAUUUAUUAUACGGAAGCUGAAGCAUGUGCUGUGGCAAGCACAAGUGCCGCCGGUGAGCCACGAACUGAAAAAGCGAUAGUGGAAAAUUUGUCUCUGCUUGAAGCAGUUCUGAAUGAAGUGCCGAGUAGUAAAGUCAAGGAGAAGCAACAGGACAAGUUGAUGGUGAUAAACCCAACCUUUAAGGAUGAUAGGCAGCAACAACAAUCAAGAGAUAGGGAAAUGCGCGAAGCUCAUGGUGAAAAACAAAACUAUUCGAUCUCAAAGUCGAGAGAGUUAAAGGUCGCAGCUUCAACUUCGGCAGCAUUAAUAUCUUUCGGCAACAUCGGCCAAUCCCCUGGUGUAAGUGGUGGUAAUGGUAGCGGUUCAAAUCCAAGUAUUAUGGGAUCGCCUACAACCAGUGCAUCAGCAUUAUUAUCUAACAAUCAUCAGCAGUUUCAUUCUGCCACCGCUAGUAUUACCGGACAGCCGACGCUCACUUAUCCACAUCAUGGAAAACAGUUUUUUCUGGAACGGGAAAGGGAAUCACGAGAUCGGUCACAAAAUGGAUUAAUGGGCAAAGCUAAAGUUGCUGCUGCUGAGUUUCGUGCUGCCCAGGCGAACAACGGCGACUUCAAUGGAACACCGAUGGAACUUGAUGGUUUAAAAUCACGUGUGAACAAUGGUAAUGGUAUUCUUUCAACUGCGCAGCUAGAAAAUCGACCAUAUGAAAUUAGCAGGGAUAAGGUACGAUAUCUGAAGGGACACGAUAGCGAGGUAUUUAUUUGUACGUGGAAUCCAAAAAAUGAUCUCAUAGCUUCUGGGUCCGGUGAUAGUACGGCACGUAUAUGGAAUGUACAUGGUUCAGAGCUAGCAACAAUGUCAUGUCAAGCUAUUCAUGAUAAUUCAAUAGUGCUCAAACAUUGUAUGCAAAAAGAUGACAAAAAUCCUCCUACAAAUAAGGACGUUACUUCUCUUGAUUGGAAUUGUACAGGUGAUUUACUUGCAACAGGAUGUUAUGAUGGUUAUGCGCGCGUUUGGGCUACCGAUGGAAGGCUGCGUUAUACGCUAGGAGCGCAUAAAGGUCCAAUUUUUGCACUGAAAUGGAACCAAAAGGGCGAUAAAAUUCUUAGUGCCGGAGUUGACAAGACAACCAUUGUUUGGGAUCCACUGAAAGGUAUACAAGUGCAAGUAUUUCAAUUUCACAGUAGUUCAGCGCUGGAUGUUGAUUGGAUGUCAGAUGAUACGUUUGCAUCUUGUAGUACGGAUAUGUGCAUUCAUGUAUGUAAAUUAGGUUGCGAGAAGCCGUUGAAAACAUUCCAG